GAAUCAUUCAUAAUCGUCGGAACGAUCGAGUCGACAAAAAAAUUUAACGCGUUUUCUCAGUCAGUGAUACGAAGAGCGAGUGGUAAACAUCGUGCGAGAUUUGUAUAACUCAAGACACAUGACAAUGUUAAGAACGCAGUUUUUGUUCUUAAUUAUCUUACUGGGCAACUCUUACCUGGAAGCCACUGUAAUGACAACGCAGACUUCUUUCGACUAUAGUUUACCAUGGGACAUCCGUGACUACCACGGCAUGCACAUUUCCAUCCCCGUAAGGUCCAAGAAUGACAAAAUUGUCUUCGUCACCGGUAGUGAAGACUCCAUACGUAAACUCCGGCUUGAUUCUGUAGAUCCUGCAAAUCCUAAGAGCUUCCAUAGCUGCAUCAUUCCAAGGAAACUAAAAUACAAUUCUGAGAGCAGACGCGAGGCAACAAGUCUGGGCAAUGGCAAGGUCAUAUUCACGAUGCUAAAUAAUCAAAUGUCGCGAACCAGUCCAAUUUCAGCUGCGCUAAACGUCGAAUGGAGACUUCACAUCAUCGAUCCCUUCACCUGUGAUCACACGGAUCUGGUCGUGGCCACCACCGGCGAGAACUUGAUCGGCGUUCUACCGUACGAAGACAGCUUCGACGUUUUACUUAAAGAUAUGAAAUCUUCCAAAAGAACUAGGGUGGUGAGAUACAGCGAGAACGGAGAGAUCGACCAAACCUUCUCUGCAGUCAUCCCCGACGAGCAUUUCCUCCGGGUGAAGAUGAUCAAGGAACAUGAUCCUUCUGCUGGAUACUACUACAUUACACCUCUAAGGCGCGAAGGUUCCUCGACCCUUAAAAUACUGAACUCCAACUUUGAGGUGAUCCAUAGCUUUGAAUUCAAGCACUCUAGAUACACGGGUUACGACCAUGAUGCCUACAGUCUGGAACACGGAAGGUUUACCGUCUGUUACUUCGAUCAAGAGAAUAGAAAAAGUCUACGCUGUUUAACUUUGGAUGAAGAGUUUAAAGGUCAACCAGCAGAAGUGGCCAUCACCUAUGACCACGAAAUUUACCAUGUGUUUGUGAAAAUCUUACCACGAGGUGGCUUCCAUGUGCUUCACGCCAAAAAUAAUGGAAACCAUAGUGACACUGUAUAUCUGCAACACGUGACCAAGGAUGGACAAGUAGGGGAAUCCGUGGAAUUAGGGAUUGUGCCUAGAGGAAUUCACGAGGUUUACUAUUUUGAGAUGAAAGAUGGAUCGCAAUGCAUCUCUAUCUCAUCGAUUGACUCUAUAAUGACCAAGUACAUUGUGUAGAAUGUUGUAUGUGAUUUUUUCCAUCAAAAGUUAAAUAAAGUUAUUAGAAAUGUAAAUGGGGGAUUUAUCUAUGUUACUAAAAUAUUUUAGCUAUAACUUCCUACUAGGUGUUAUAUUGAUUGCUACAUCGCGUAGAUGAUAGAUAUAGUAUUUCAGCAAUCAAACCUCCAAUUUC